AUGGGGUGGUCUUAUACUACUUACACCAUAGCAAAUUACGGCAUCACUAUCGGUUUGGUACUUACAGCUAUCAUUGGUGUAUUCGCGACGUUCUUCAGCUCAAAGAAGGGUCAGGAAUUUGUUAUUGAGCGAGUUAUUGGCGUCAAUCCAACAAAAGCACACGAUGAUUACGAUCAAUAUAAUGGGCAACAGAUCAAUAUUAAAGACCUUUCGGGUACAAUCGGUGGGUCAUCCUCUGAGCGAAAAUCGCUAUUUUCUAUGAUCAAACAAAGAUCGAUUCUUUUCGUUGGAAUAUUUUGCUGCUUCAUUGGUGGAAUGAUCUUAUCCAUCACAGCUGUGAUCAUGUUUCAAGGCUGCGUCUUGACAGAUGUUCGAAUUGUGCCCGGUGACGAUUGUCCAGAAUAUACGAUGGAUUGUUUUGUUUUUAAAGGUAGUGAUUUUAGUCCCAUAACCCAAAAUGCCACGUUUAUUUGCGACCCAUUAACGAAAUCUACGUUCCCGAGCAAUAUAUCCGAUGCUACUGCUUGGUGUUAUUCGUGGAUCCUUCGCUAUCAAUCAACCAAAAGCGUUUUGGAUCAAUUGGGUAUCGCCAUUGCUCUUAUCGGUUUCUUCACGACAAUGUUAGCUGUAGUCGUGUAUCUCGGUAAAUGUAAAAAAACAAUUGUCCUAUCGAUUGCGUAUAUCAUAAGUUGUAGCACUCUGAUCAUUGUCUUAUUAGUUUUCAAAUGGUCGUUUGCGCCUUUGACUUAUGCAAUCCUGUCUGUCGGAUUGGCAUUAGGAAUUUUUGGAUUGGUCCUGUUUUGUAUUUUACCUGAUACAAAAAAUAAAGUUUCCGAUAUACAAAUGCUUUCAAAUAAUGGAAAUCAAACGAACGGUAGAGGUAAUUCGACUUCUGCAGGCGGCAGGCGACCAAACCCGGCAACAAAGAUAGCAGCUGCUCAGCCUAGAAGUAAUGAUCAAGCGGCAAGAAUCAUUCGCAAAUAA